AUGGCGUCGCCGGACGACCCCGUGCUCGCCGCUUGCAAGCACAAAUUGAGCCACUUCAGAAUAAAAGAGCUCAAGGAUGUCCUGGAUAAGCUUGGACUUUCAAAGCAAGGAAAGAAGCAGGAUCUAGUGGACAGGGUUAUGGCGGUAUUGUUGAGUCAGCAAGAUCAAGCCUCAGAAACGAAUGGUUUACCAAAGGCAAAAAUGGUGGUGAAAAUAGUGGAGGACACUUUUAGAAAAAUGCAAGACCCUACAAAUACUGUUGCAGCCUCAAAGAGCCACGAAUCAGGACACAGUGUUAAGCCUAAAAAGAAACCAGGUGAUUCUGCUCAGAAAGUUAAGGUUCGUUGCCCUUGUGGUGACUCCAAGCCAAAUGAUUCCAUGAUUAAGUGUAUUGAUCCACAAUGCAACAUAUGGCAACAUGUUGGCUGCGCGUUAUCAUACCCGAUAGUGAGAAGUCUGUGGACAACAUUUCUCCAGAAUUACCUUCCUGCUUUUAUUGUGAACUGUGCCGACUUAGCAGGGCUGAUCCGUCAUAUACUGUACAGUAUACUGCAAAAAGCUUUCAGCUUUCAAGAGCUAAUAGAGAAAUGCUACAGCAAGCUGAAUGCGAUAUUCAGGUUUGGUGUAUCCUUCUCAGUGACAAAGUACCUUUUAGGAUGCACUGGCCUUUACACUCUGACAUGCAAGUUAAUGUUUAGCAAAAAUAGUAUUUUACAUCCUUCUAGCUGUAGUUAUCAUAUAGGCUCUGGUAGCUAUUCUGACAGUAUUUAUGUUAGAGUGGUUAACAGGCAACCCCAACAAAAGUUAGGGGCCAAUGGUAGAGACGAUGGUCCACUAUUAACAGAUUACCUGAAGGAGGGACCUAACAAGAUUUCUCUAUCGAGAAAUGACUCUCGUACUUUCUGUUUGGGUAUCAGAAUUGCCAAGAGGAGAUCUCUAGGACAGGUCCUAAAUUUGGUGCCAAAGGAACAAGAUGGUGAAAAUUUUGAUGAUGCCCUUGCUCGUGUGCGUCGCUGUGUUGGUGGUGGAGCUGAGGCAAAUAAUGCAGACAGUGAUAGUGAUAUCGAAGUUGUGGCUGAUUCUGUCUCUGUGAAUCUUCGGUGCCCUAUGACUGCUUCAAGGAUCCAGAUUGCUGGUAGGUUCAAGCCCUGUGCUCAUAUGGGUUGUUUUGAUUUAGAAGCUUUUAUUGAAAUAAACCAACGUUCCCGGAAGUGGCAAUGUCCAAUUUGCCUGAAGAAUUACUCUCUAGAGAACAUAAUAAUUGAUCCUUACUUCAAUCGCAUCACUUCUUUGAUCAAAAGCUGCGGAGAUGAUACUUCUGAAAUUGAUGUCAAGCCUGAUGGUUCCUGGAGAGUUAAGGGCAGAGCUGAACUGAAGGACCUUAUACAGUGGCAUCAACCAGAUGGUACUCUCUCUGUGGCCACAGAUACAGCAGCCAAACCUGAAAUUUGCAUUGUAAAGCAUGAGGUUAAAGAAGAGCCACUGUCUGAAGAGGUGGGAUGUCUUAAGUUGGGACUUAGGAAAAAAAACAACGGCCAGUGGGAAAUUAGCAAGAUAGGGGAUGCUGAUCUGGUGCCGUCUUCUGGUAAUGACCAUUCAAGAUACAAUGAAAACAAAAACUGCAUCACUCUCUCAAGCAACAUUGGUGAUACAAACAUUGCAAAUGAAGGUUUUAAUUUAGAGCCAGCAACAAAUGGUGAUCCUAUGGCCUAUGUCCAUGAUCUUGAUUCUUCAUCCUCAGAUGAAAAUGGCCUUCCAGCAUCAACAGGGCAGGAUAUAAUAGUUUUGAGUGACUCAGAUGAUGAUGAUGUCAUGGUGUUGUCUCCUGGUGCUGUGAACUGUGGCUCGACGCAUGACACUGGAAAUCUGUUUCCACUCAACACACCUGAAAAUUUAGGAGUGUGUAGCGAACAAACUGGUGGAUGCCCAAAAGAAAGCUCAUUUGUUGCAUUAAGAGAAGGUUUUGGUGACCUGGGAUUGUCCUUUUGGGAAUGUCCUGGGAGUCCCCGAGAUGAUCCUACUUCCCAGAUACUUGAGACCAGUACAAAGACGACAGAUAAUCCAGGUGAAGUGGAAAACUACCCUGCCAAUGAUCAAUCUAAGCAAGGCCCAGUUUCUGGGGCUGAUUUGGGGGUAGCAGCAAACCCAGUGGAAGAUGGGCAUGAUAGCGCAUUGCAACCUUGUUCAUUAAGUGAAAGAGAUAGUGCCAUGGGUCUUGCUAACCUGGUAGCGGACACUCAAACAUGUGUUGAUGUCCAUUCUGACAAAUGGACAGAUGUCAGCACAAGUGGCUCUGAUGAAGAUUUAACUACUGCCAAAAUUGCAUCUAAGAAAAGGAGCAAUCCUGGAGACAGAAUAACAGCUUUAGAUGGUAAGGAAGAAGUGUUCACUCCUUUUGGUUUUGUGUGA